AUGAAGAUUACGAUUAAGACUUUGCAACAAAAACAAUUUCAAUUAGAUAUUGACACAAGCGAAUCUAUCCUUCAGGUAAAGCAAAGAAUUGAAGAAACUCAAGGACAUGCUGUAUCCUUUCAAAAGCUCAUCUCAAAAGGAAAAAUUCUAAAUGAUGAUAAGCAAGUAUCUGAAUAUUCCAUUUCAGAGAAUGAUUUUUUGGUAUUAAUGGUUUCUAAACCAAAGCAAUCAACCGCACCUUCGAACAGUGCCGCAGCUUCCGAAGUUGCCUCGAAGACAAAUACUGAGGCAACUGCUACAAGUUCCUCUGUUCCUGCAGCGAUACCUGCACCUGUUGCUAGUGCUCCUUUGAUAACUUCGAGUACCUCGACUACUACACAAGAUACUAUAACAACCACAAAUGUACCACCUACCACACAACCUAUACAACCUUCUUCAACAUCAUUAUGGGAUAACGCUAGUGCUUUAGUUACUGGAACUGACUAUGAAAAUGCCGUUAACAAUAUUAUGGAGAUGGGUUUUGAUCGGGAUCAGGUUGCUAAAGCCAUGCGUGCCAGUUUUAAUAAUCCGGAUAGAGCUGUUGAAUACCUUAUGACCAGUAUUCCUGAUGAGCCAACCGUUACAGAGCCAGCAGCAACUCAACCCACUCAGCAAGUACCUAAUCCUGGGGUAACUCCAACUACAACAGCUGGCUUGAGAAGUCAACCACUAUUUCAACAAUUGCGACAGAUUGUUCAACAAAAUCCAUCAAUGUUGCAACCAUUGCUUCAGCAACUCGGGCAAUCAAAUCCUCAAUUCUUGCAGCUUAUUAAUUCCAAUCCUGAAUACUUCAUGCGCCUUUUGCAAGAAGGAGAAGAAGCAGGUGAGGGAAACCUUCCACCUCCACAAUAUGUUUCGGUUACACAAGAAGAAAAGGAGGCAAUCGAUAGGCUGGAAGCCCUAGGAUUUGAACGCGCUCUUGCUAUCGAGGCUUUUCUUGCUUGUGAUCGUAAUGAAGAAAUGGCAGCAAACUAUCUUUUCGAUCAUAUGAAUGAAGAAGAUUAA